AUGGAUCCCCGGUUCGCAGCCCCGUUCAUAAUGAGUGAUGAGCUCCUAGUGACCUCACUCCCCGAACCAGUCGCGAGCUCGUGGCUCUACGGAGAGGAAGUUUCGUGCCACGGGUUGCUUUGCUUUGACGAGCCCCGCCGUGGUGGCGGGACCCAUCUCCUCAACCCUCUUACACGAGAAAUCGCCUUAGUGGCAGGGUCAAGCGUCGCGCCGAGCGAGAAUGGUAACCAUCAACGGAUCGCCUUCGGGUUGGACCGCCUGACUGGCCGGUACAAGAUCCUGCGCGUGAGCUUGCUCUUCAAUGGAGACCACGCGAUCCGCGGGACAAGGGCAGAGGUCCUCGAUCAGGGCUCGAGGUCGUGGAGGGACAUAGCGAGCGUCCCUCCCAGGCUCUACCUCGGAGUCCCAGUGUACGCUGCCGGAUCGUUCCACUUCAGUGUCGCCGGCAUCGACGCAAACAACUGUGGCCUAAGGAUCUUGUCCUUCGACCUCGCGAAGGAGGAGUUCGUGCCGACUCCAUGCCCGGAGUUCCAGAACGCCCGCCUGAUGGUCCUCCGGGGAGCGCUGGGGCUCGUCGACUGCUCACAGAACGAGAGCAUAGACGUGUGGACGAUGGAGGAGGAGGGCGGCGGGCGGUGGACAAAGGAGUACAGCAUCCCGCUGAGGGUGCCGCGAGUGUUGAAUACUAGUACCCGGUCCGUAGAGUUUCUGGGCUGCGGCGGCCAGAAGAUAAUGCUCAGGUUGAAGGGAAGCAUCUUGAGCUACGAUCCAGCGACUGGCAAGGUGAAGUAUGCGCAGAGAGGUGGCGCAUCGCUGGCCAGAGCGAUGGGCAGCAUCACUGUAAGCUUGCUGUCGCCGGCCAAAUUGUGGAAUACGGACAAGGUCGUCCUGCCUUUAACCGCGGUUAUGAAAAUGGGGAAUGGCGGAUUGAGUUUAGGCGAAAGAGAGACUUGA